GCUUUGUUUGGAAAGUGACGAAGAAAACAGCGCAGUACUCGGCUCAGUAGCCGAAGCGUCACGACCGACUCUGACAGUUCAGUGCACUUUUGUACGUUUGUGGACCAUUUUAAACAAACAUACUAUGCUCAAGAUGACAGCGACUUUGUUUUUAUUAACAAGAAGGUAGCGAAUACCGAUCAUGACCGAAGUGUCAAGUUGUUUGGGUGCAAAGCAGCUGAUGACAAUCAACAGACAAGUCCAGUUCUGCUGUUCACACACGGAUCCCACAAACCCUGCACUCACUUGUGGAUCUAUCGAGCUCCUUUAGUCGUUAAACGCGAUGGAAAGCGUCGGAAAGUACGAGUUCAACAGGAAAGACUUGAUCGGACAUGGCGCAUUUGCUGUGGUGUUCAAAGGAAGACAUAAACAGAAACAUCAUUUUGAAGUGGCUGUGAAAUGUAUUAACAAGAAAAAUCUCGCCAAAUCACAGUCACUCCUAGGAAAGGAAAUCAAAAUAUUAAAGGAGCUGAAACAUGAGAAUAUUGUCAGUUUGCUGGACUUUCAGGAGAUUUCAGGAUGCGUCUAUCUUGUCAUGGAGUAUUGCAAUGGAGGUGACUUAGCAGAGUAUUUACACUCAAAAGGCUGUCUGAGUGAGGACACCAUCCGUGUGUUACUGCAGCAGCUGGCAGGAGCUAUGAGUGUUUUAAGGAGUAAAGGCAUCAUUCAUCGUGACCUAAAGCCCCAAAACAUCCUUCUCUCAUACAGCACAGGUCGCAAAUCCAAUCCCAACAACAUCUGCAUCAAACUGGCUGAUUUUGGCUUUGCACGGUAUCUGCAGGGAAACACAAUGGCUGCCACUCUAUGUGGAUCUCCAAUGUACAUGGCUCCAGAGGUCAUCAUGUCUCAUAAUUAUGAUGCCAAAGCUGACCUGUGGAGUGUGGGGACCAUCAUCUACCAGUGCUUGACUGGCAAAGCCCCAUUUCAGGCAAGUACUCCUCAGGAACUGCGGCAGUUCUAUGAAAGAAACCGGAACCUAAGUCCCAGUAUUCCACGUGAAACUUCCAGUCACUUGAGGCACCUUCUGCUUGGGUUGCUGCAGAGAAACCAAAGGGAACGCAUGGACUUUGAUGAUUUUUUUCACCACCCUUUCCUGGAGGCCAGUACAUCUAUGAAGAAAUCAUCUCCAGUGCCAGUGCCAGUGCCUGUGCCCACAUAUCCCAGCUCAGGCUCUGGGAGCUUCAGCAGUGGCUCCUCGACCUCUCGCCUCACUCCUACACAGUCUGAUACUGAAGCUCCAAAGUCCCUCCCUCAAAUGAAACCCACAGAGUCUCCUGGAUCCCUGCUGAAAGACUCCUCUUCCUCAGACUCGGAUGACUUUGUUAUGGUUCCGGCUCAGUUCACCAGUGAGCCAGUUGGUGCAGAAGGGCAGGACAGCUUGAUGCGCAGUGGAAGUUCAUUGCUGGGUGCCACAGCCUGUAUGUGUCAAACACCAUCGUCCUCUCCUUCUGGCAGAGCCUCCCCGAGACCAUCCAGGCGUCUAGAGUCAUGUGGCAGUAGCUACGCUCAGUCUAUUCCUGUGCCAGUGCCAACACAAAAGCACAACUACCAGAGGAUGGAGCAUAAUCUACAAGAGUCUGAAAGGACAGCAGCACCUGCGCAUCACUGUUGCGCUGAUGGAUCUCCAGCAUGCGGGAGAACCGGUGUGUCUCCAGAAUCGGGAGGAUCCAGAUCGUAUUUAACUACCCCACAGGUCGGAAGCAUUCCUGAAACACCCAGUCAGCCUGAACCUGUUGGCAGCAGGACAGGGUUCAGUAUCUCAGAUCAGCAGCCUGGUCAAGUGUCUCCCUUCACUGACCUCACAGACUUGGACCCAACACUGGCCCAAAGGCUCAGAGCUCAUCGCCACAGUCUGGAUACCAUAGUGCACAGGUGGGAUUUGUGUCGGCGUCCCAGCUUUGGUCAAACUCCAAAUGCAGCACUGCUUCAGCGAGGCCUCACCACCCGAACCACGACCAUGUGUGACCUGAAAGAUCUGGCACAGUAUCCUGCUCGGUCGGCGCCUCGGGUGCCGCCUCAGCCAGCAGAAAGAAGAGACACCGUCAAAAGGUCAGUGAGUACCGGCCGUCUCUCUGAUAAACUGCUGAAGGCUGUGUUUGGACCUCAGCUUGACAGAGGCAGCUGUGAGAGCUUAAAUUCAGAGAAACCCAUGGAUACAACUGCGCCUCCUUGUGGCAGUGAUGGCUCUGACAGUCCUGCUGGAGUCGUGUUCAUGCUGGGCUCUCCUGAAUAUGGACACACUCCUCCUCAUGCUAGACACAGACGCUUCUCAGUUGGUGCUCCUUGCUCUACCAGUCCUGGCUGGACCUACGGCUCUCCUGAAAGCCUGCGCUAUGGUUACACAGACACCAUGGCAACAAACCUGCAAGAGAAUGUGACAUUUGUGCCACCUGAACUGCCAGAGGAGACAUUAAUGGAGGAGGGACAUACAGACUUGCUGAGCCAACUGCGCUUCGUUUUAGCCUUUUCCCAUUGCAUCACAGAGCUCGCUGGAACAAAGGACAGCGGGACUGGAAGAAAUGUGCCACCUGAUGCUUCACUUUUAGAGCAGAGUGUAGUGGCCGACCAGAUCAGUCUGCUGAGCCGAGAGUGGAGCUCUGCAGAACAAUUGGUUCUCUAUAUGAAAUGUGCCGAGCUGCUGUCUUCUGCACUACAUACAGCGAUGGCUGGCAUCAAAGAAGGAAAACUCUACCCAUCAGGAUCUGUGAAACAAGGUAAACCACACGCUCAGCUGAAAGCUGUGACACAAAAAGAUGAUGUCAAAGAACUGGUACAGACGGCCGCACUAGACGAGAUGUUUCAUCAUGGAGAAAGCUCUUUAGAGAGAUACCACAAGGCCUUACUGCUGAUGGAGGGCCUGUCCUAUAUUACAGAGCCUGCAGACCUAAACAAUGUCAACAAAUGUAAACAGUGUAUCGAGCGACGGCUCUGUUCCCUCCAAGCCAAAGGAUGUGUGUGAUGAACACUUGUUCUUCAUCUGCAUCAAACACACAACAUCUACUUCUCAUUUCAUCCCAGCUGCCUUUGAAAUCCUGUCAAAUGACAAACCCACCCACUCACUCACUCUUUCAAACUACACUUGGCUUCCAAAGUCCAAAAACAAACCAGACUUUUUCACAAUGGACAGAAAUAAAAUCUCUAAUUGAGAUUAGAGAGAGACUCGGACAUCUCAUUUGUUGGCUUUAAUAUAACAUCGAGCGAUCGUUCAUCAUCGGCUGAAUGGCUGUGUGAACAUUUCAACCUUUGAUCCCACACCAGUUUGCGAUGGCACUUCUCUAAACGUGACUUUAAUCUUAGUUUUAUAAUGUUAAGCCGGUGUUGAAGUCUAAAUGAGCAACAGCCUGGAUUUUCAAUCAAUCAAACAAUACAAGCUAAAGCAUGAGUGUAGCCUUAGUCUGAUGAAGUUACAUGGAACGAUCCUGUGUAUGACGGACUUCUCCUGCAUGAUUUUGAGGAAAUGAUCAUUAAUUCUUAUAUGAUCAUUCUACUUUGAGAUCUUAGUGACCGCCGUUAUUCAAAUAGCAGCCGGUUGUGUGUAUGUGUUGUGUUCAGUGUUACACUACAGCUCUAAUGUGGCAAUUGACCAAAACUGUGGCAAACCUUUUGCAGAUCUACUGAUAAAGAUGGUCAGUUUCAUAUGUCGUCGUAUGAAGAUGGAAGAAAUACUUGAGAUCGUAUCAGGUGAACUGUUAUACUGCUAUUCGUGUGUAUGUAAAGCAGCAAAGCACUUUAUGAACCCAUUUGCCUUCUGGAUGCCUGAAAAAAAAAACACUGCAGAAGACGCAAUGGCUGGUUUUAGUUUAUUAACACCUGGAAUUGAAAGGAAAUGCAAUUAGACAAUCGUCUGUAGCUUGUGUGUAGCCGUUUUCUGUUUUAGCUGUCAGAUUGAACGUUUUAGUUUCGGUUUGCUUUAGAAUGAUGCACAUUCUGCUGGAACGACUUUGGUUUGACUUCGUAGUGCCUUAAAUUAAUACGUUUUAUAUCACUGGACAAUCGAAACAAAUCUGAGACUUGCAUCCAGCAUUUUCGUAUCUUAGCUGUUCAUUGCUUGCACUAUUUGCAUUUUCCAGUGAUGGUAAGGUGUUUUUGUGUGUGUUUUUUUUAACUUUGUUGAAAACAUGGUUUCACAUCAAGGUGUUUUUAAGACAUUUACUUAGAAUUGUGUGUGGUAGAAUGAUUGUGAUGGAUGCACGUGAGAGUUUUUAAAAUAAUAGUGAUGUUGAAUUGAGGAAAGGAACUGUUUUGUAUAUGCGGUUACAGUAUUUAUGAUGUGCUCUCUGAUAUUGUCGUCUUUUUAUUCCCGUUUGCAGAAGCCAAAAUUUAAAAUAAGUGCAAAAUGCAUGUGGUUUGGGUGUGUGUACAUAAAUAAAUUUCACUUUUAUAUUUA